AUGACAGUAGACACCGAACAAGCAUCACAGGACAAGCAGCUACAGAAGCAACUCCCUCCCGCACCGCAACCGUCACCACGGCGACAACAACGGCAGAGCGAACUCGGGCUGGAGCCGCCUUGCCGACCUGCACCUCUUGCCGUCAAGGCGAAAGUUGGCCAUCCAAGCGCCGGUCGAAUGGCUUCAUUGGUGGCACCGAUCGCUCCAACUCGACAGACUCCUCCUUUCUCGCAUUCUCCUCAUCUGUCGGGCGGUUUGAGAGAGCCGGAGCAUGCCCUCGAGGGUCUAGUGGGGAUCCAACCGCCGAACCGGAAUCAGCUUUCUGGCAAAUCUGGUGGCGCGACUGCGUCUGAGCUGAAUUCGCUCAAGCAGACGGCACCUCAGAGACAGGAAAUGCAGGCUCCGGCUUCAUCAACCUCGACAGAGUUGGCAGCAGCUUCUGUGCCUAUUUCUGCCGGCUCUUUGUCGGUCACGACUGGAGCGAAUGAAUGCGCUGAUUUCAACCGAAAGCAGAUUCUCCUUUCUGGCGCCGAGGAUAAUGACGCUUGCAAUAAUAAAGUAAGCUCAGUGUUAGCUGUAGUCUUUUUUGCUUUUUUCCACAUGCUUUAUUCAUUAUUUUGCAAAGAUUUUGCAUAUUUCCUCUUGGAAGCUUAUUUGCAUUGA